GUGAGAAUGCAGACGGAAAAGCAGGGAGAAUACAGGGAAGAACCAAGAGCCUAAGAGAAGUGCAAAUGCAAAAGCAAGCGAGGCUACAGGGAAGAAAGGACAGCAGAAGGGGAGUGCAGGUGCAGAUCCCCCAAACACAGCACUCCCUGCCCGCUAGGGUUGCGGGAGCGACGCAGUCACCACAAUGACGUCGAGGAUCAAUGCCGGGUAAUUCAGUGAGCGUUCCAACAAAGAAUCAAGGAAAAAACUGCCAGGCAAAGGAAAUAAACCUUCUGGCAACAGGUCUUCAACGUUACGCGUAGAGUCCUUUGGAACAGGAGUUGUUUCUGUGUCAACAACUUGAAGAUCAAUUCAGGCAACGGCUACUAAAGAAAAACGAGUCACAUAACAUGGAGAGCAAAGAAGAGAAGAGAGAGGAAACAGAGAGGUGCCAGCACUGCCACCCGGGGUGGGCAGCAGGCUGCUGGUGCCAGCGUCAUCAUGGGCGGCGGCCAGCACUGGCCACGCUGUCACCGCGUCGCCGUGGCGACGUUUGUGACACGGCCACCCGGGAGGGGUAUGAAGGCGGUGCAUGCUGGUGGGUCCUGCAUCCUGAAGGAGCAUCUGGUAGAGAGCAGACGCACCUGAAGGGAUGAGCUCCGGCAUGGCUGGCGCCAACAAGGAGCAACCCGCUGGCAUGAGGCGGAACAGGAUGAGCUUCUGCGAGGAUGGCCCCGCAGCGAGGCGUGCCUCCGGACCCACAUGCACCGACACCGAAGGUACACGGCUCCACAGCCACCACAGGAGCGCUGCUGCAGCCAAUCUUGGCACGCAGACGACACUUUCCAUCUGCCACCUCACUCCCGCCUGGCAGCGGGAGGGCUGCCGGGAAGCGGCAGGUGCAGAGUGUGACCUGCUUUUCCUUUGCCCUCCAGAGCGAGUUGCCGUCUGGGAUGCGGUGGCCGCCUACGUACAAGAGCACCUCCUGGUGCAGAAGGGGGUCUGGAUUCCCACCUUCGGAUCCUUUGACACCAUCUCCAGAGACAUCAGGACUGAGGACGGGACCGUGACUCUGCGGUGGCCCGUCUUUCACUUGUCUGGAAACCUCAUAGCCGUGCACCACCUCAAGCCCCGCAGGGAGUCCCUGCCAGCCCAUAGGAAGCUGGAGCCGCUCAAGAGCAGCGAGGUGGCCGCAGCUGCCUCUGUGACCUGGCAGACAGCGCAGGCUUGCAUCCAAAGCACCGUGUCCCUGCUCUCUGGCUGCCUGAAGAAUGGGGAGAACGUUGCCGUUGUCUUCAAGGACAUUGGAGUACUCCACAUCGAUGGAAUGACCUUCCACAUGAAAUUCUAUUACGACUUCCUUGACAAGCUGUCAGGGAAAGAGAAGUUCAGGAAAGCUCUUCUCAAGGCCCCCUGGCUGCUGGACAUGGUGGUGUCCCGAGCGGCACCGGUGGCCACCCUGGCACUCUCUGGCUGCCUCGUCGUCUUUCCCAAGUUUCAAAUGGAGUUUGUCCCCAAACCACCACCUGGGAUAUGCCGCAGGUCCUCAGGAGGCAUCCCUGCGGAGGGGAAACCAAAGGAAGAGGAGGCUUUGCCACCUCUCGCCCAGGGCAAGAAAGUGAGAUUUGCUGGCAAGCCAACCUACAUCAAACGCUUGAGCUCGGACAGUCUAGAUGGAGGAAAACUCCGAAGGAUAAGGAGCUUACUGCGCAAGGAGAGCUCUACGUCCAGGUGAGGCUGGAGGCUCUGGCUUGGCAUGUGCAUGGGGGUGAUUGACUGAGCCAACGAGAGCCCAUUCCCUAGCCCCAAAGGGUCCCUGUUUCUGGCUGCCCAACAGUGCUGGGAUGGGGACGCCAGGAGCCCCCCAGCUCACAGGGCUGGCCCCUCUCUGGAUCCCACGGGGGAGAGCCACGGGGCAGCUGCUGAGCUGUCUGUGGGGAAGGCUGCGUUGCAGCCAAGGGUCCUGGCUCCGGCUUGCAGGACGCAGCCCCAAAACCAUCACCCACUCAGGCGGACCCCUCCCGCUCUGUCCUUUCAGUCUGCUGCCAGCCAUCCCUGGAGUGCCUGAAGACCAAAAGCAGCCACUGACCUGCCAGCUGCAGGGCCAGGCAGAAACAGACAGCCAAGAAGACCUGGGCCGAGACCCAGGAACCAAACACGUGAGCUUCCGUGAGGAAGAACGGGAAGCGGAAAAAGCCCAUCGUGUGGCUGCAGUGCUCAAGUUGCCCAAAGCCAAGGAAUCUUUCAGCAAAGAUUCCAGACCUUCCUCAAGGGCUCAGUCCAGCCCGUCACAGGCAUCGCAAGGCACUCCAUCCCGGCUGCCACUUCUGGCAUGCGACUCAGUCAGACUUCUCAGGCGCAGGGCUAAGAAGAGCAGGCAGAAAGAAUCUGAGGAGAUGGCAGCAUCAACAUCUCAGGCUGAGGCCAGCCAGCCGCAGGAGUCCUCUGCUGACAGAGCUGGAUUUCUGCCACCGAUAAACGAAGAAACACAGUCUCCUCAGCGUCAGCCCCCGGACACCAAAGCCCCACCGCGCAGGAAGGGCACACCCUACCCACGCUGAUGCGGGCAUGGGACGCCCAUGAGCUCCAAGACCUCCACUCGAGCUGGCUGCAAAACAGAUGCGUGAAUCCCAUCUGCAUCAUAUCUAAUCCUAGACUAGGCUGCCGAGUGCCCAAUCCAACCUGGCCUUCAACACUGCCACGGACGCGGCGUCCACAAGCUCUCUGGGCAUCCGCUUCCAGCAUCUCACCACCGUCUCUGGAAAGACCUUCUCCCUGACAUCCAAUCUUCAUUGUCCCUCCCUCUGUCAAUAAAGCCUUACCAUGGCCCUAUCCCAUAGAAAUCUCCACAA